AAAUAUAAAUAGCCAGUGAGUUCCCCUACAUUCGUCAGCAGCAAGAUGUCAGUUAGUGUUUCUGGCCCUUCACGAAGCCAACAACAGUUAGAAGUACGCCAGAUAGGGGAGUUGGAGUUUGAGGGUGUUCGGCCCCUUGGUAAGCCCAGCCCCAACUCUCGAGGAGUCUACGGUGGGAAUCUCUGUGCACAAGCCAUUCUUGUGGCCAUGAGAACCGUGGAUUCUGACUUUGUGCCUCACUCUUUGCACUCAUACUUUGUGGCAGCGGGAGACGAUUCGCUUGUAUGUGAGUACAAGGUGGAAAAGGUGAGCACCGGCAACAAUUUUGCCAAUCGGUUGGUGAAACUUUAUCAGAAGGAUCAGUUGAAGUAUUUGGUAAUGAUUUCGUUGACCAAGAAGAAUAGUAUUGAUAAGACCGCCCAGGCGUUUGAUAAGACCGGUAAGGGCCCACGUCCGUUUGAGUACCAGUUACCAGUCAAACUGUCGGCGUUCAAACACAAUCUCGAUGAGAUACCACUUCUCAGCCUGGAUCCUGAUAAGCUCGUGCAGCACAAAUUAACACCCGAGUUUGUGGAUAUCGAUGAGGCCGACGAGUUGCUGAAGGCGCCCAGCGAGCGUACGCUCGGCUUCUACAUCCGUCUCAAUGACCAGGAAUUACCCACCCAGUACAAAUAUGCAACCAUGGGGGUGGUGACCGACUCAUUGUAUUUGACAUCGAUCUCCCGGAUCCUUCACCUUCCGCGUAUCAACAACAACCCAUUGGGAUCUUCGGGGGGUGCUAACCACAACUUCUUCUCCAUCUCGUUGGACCACAGUAUUUACUUUCACGAUGACGACUUUUCGCCCACCAACUGGCUCUACUUCCAGUACCAAUCGCCGCGGUUCUCUAACAACCGGGUGUUGUUCACCGGUGGGUAUUACAACUCGAAGGGUAAGCUCAUUGCCACGAUUGUGCAAGAAGGACUUGUGUUUUUCAAGAACGACGCUGACCUCAAGGCCAAAUUAUAGGUUUAUAGAAUAGAUUGGAGUUGGUCGGUGCAAGUAGACACAAUACAUAAAACGGUGGUGACUUCUCUAUGUCCUAUGGCAACUUUCCAGUCCAUGUGGUACGUUCAUGACCUAUGGUACUAGUAUUUGUGAUCACAAAUUCUUGUCUCCACAGAAACUUUUCACACGCGUGCGCACGCCAAAUCCAUAUCGCACUUGACCCG